AUUUUAUUUUUUAUUUUUAUUGAAAAUAAUUACGUGGUUGCUACCGAGAUACGCAUUAUCAUUUAUCAACGUAAACAUUCGCGUAGUUAUAGUCACUGGUCCGCCAGUCAGCACUCAGCAUUCGGCAACCGCCAACUCUUACGUCUACGUGCCAACUGUCAACUGCCAACCGAUCAUUGCCAUUUGCCAGUUGCCACGUCCAGUUUAGUAAGUUUAGUGAGUUUAUUUUAGGACGAAUUACGAACUUUGGCGGUGUUUACGUACACAAUACACAGAGGAAUUUUCGUUUUUAUCAAUGCUAUUCGUAAAAUUUGAAAAGAUGACAUUUGCGUUUUGAAUUUUUUCAUCGAACGAUGUCUCCGCCACCAAAUUGCCGGUGUUUCGACAAAUGGUCCACGAUCAAGAGAUAUCUAUAAUUGGACCUCAGUAAGCUACAAAUACUACGAGUCAAGUAUAUGUAAUAGUAGUUUAAUGACCGAACAAAAAGAAGAAAUAAAUUUAGAAAUACAAGUAGAAACGAUGCAGACCAGUCACAGUCGCAAAUCUAGUUUAAAAGUGAUCACUUUAGUGACGCUAACCCUUCAAAAUGCCAUGGUUGCACUCAGCAUGCGCUAUGCUCGAACUCGGCCUGGAGAUAUGUUCAUAUCUUCUACCGCUGUUGUCAUGGCUGAAGUAUUCAAGCUCUCUGUUUGUUUAGUACUAGUAUAUCACACAGAAUCGCUCUCCUGGAAACAUUUCAUAUCGUUACUAAAUAAUACAAUUAUUAAACAACCGAUCGACACACUGAAAGUUUGUAUACCAUCUCUAGUAUAUCUGAUACAAAACAAUUUACUAUACGUCUCUACUUCAAACUUAGAUGCAGCUACUUAUCAAGUCACAUAUCAACUUAAAAUAUUUACUACUGCUGUUUUUUCAGUGUUGAUAUUGAAACGUAAACUAUUCCGACAUCAAUGGAUUGCAUUAAUAAUUUUAAUUUUAGGUGUCAUUCUUGUUCAACUAAAUAAUUCAACUGACAAAACUCAAAAAAUUUACCCUAAUCAAAAUCGAAUAGUUGGAUUAGUUGCAGCCCUCAUCGCAUGUUGUUUGUCUGGAUUUGCUGGAGUUUAUUUUGAAAAAAUACUGAAAGGAGCUGAAAUAUCAAUAUGGAUGCGAAAUAUCCAAUUGAGUUUUGUUUCUAUCCCGUUAGGUUUUAUAAUGUGCUUUAUUACAGACUGGAAAAAUAUCAAUGAUAAAGGUUUUUUUUUUGGUUACGACCUCUACAUAGCCUAUUUGAUAGGCUUACAAGCAGCUGGAGGACUUAUUGUAGCUAUGGUUGUAAAAUAUGCUGAUAAUAUAUUAAAAGGAUUUGCUACUUCCUUAGCAAUUGUUGUUGCGUGUGUUUUCUCAAUGUACUUCUUUGAUUUUACAAUAAGUAUUCAGUUUGUUGUAGGUACAAUGCUUGUAAUGUGUUCAAUAUUUUUAUAUAGUUAUACCAAGCAAAAAAAAUCACCAAACUUAAAUACCACACAAAGAGCUUAAUGCUAUAUAUUCAAAUUAUGAUGAUGAUUUUUUUGAGCAAAUAACUUAAUACUGUGAGAUGAUU